CUAGAGCUUUAAGUUUGGCGAGCCUUCGUUCAGUCUCAACAUAAACUAGACAUCAUUUCAUAUCGACAAGUGCUAAAGUUAAGACGUGUUUUUUUCAACUUCUGGUUGAUUUUUCAACAAAAGUGAAAAGCCAAAAAGUUAAUUAAAUGAAUUAAAAGUGUUCAGUCCAGGUGUCUGGUUGUCAAAUAUUUCAAAGUCAAAAAAUUUAAAGCUAUUAAAACACGUGUUUUCUACAGACAACUCGUCUUCAAUAUUCGGUAUAAAACGAAAUAAAAAGUGUUACUAGGUCGACUAGACUGUAAAUUAACGAAAGAGGAAGAAGCGUUAAGCAUACAAAACGUGAAGUGAUAAUUCAAUAAAAUAUCGUAAUCGAAAGUAAAUUUUUAAACAAUUUGAAGGUCGUGCUAGUGAAAAAAAAUUACAAAUUGUUUAAUUAUCGAUAGAAAAAGCACUUAAAAUAAUUAAAGAAAAAAUGAAAUUCACAAAUUUAAUUCUACCUUGCUUCUGUUUAAAUUACCUGUUGGUUGUAUUCUUGAUCGGAAUAGCCGAAGGUCCUUCACAAACCGUAGCGCAAAGUCAGCCUUCAUUUGAAUUACCAGUACAAUUAGUUGGAUUUCCAGUAAUUAUUUUAUCUGUUCGAUUGGCAAAUUUUGCCAAGAAAUUAGCUUAUUCACUAAAUCCAAGAACUUACAUGGGGAGAACACGUAGAGAGGCAUCAGAUUAUUACGGUGAAGUUUCUGAGUCAGCAAUUAAUUUAGCCAUAGCAGAAAGACAAAUUUUAACAGAAUUAGGACCUAAGGCUUGUGUCAUUGAAGAGCCAUGCAGAAUUCAUGCAACAAGAAAAGCCAAACGUGGUGCACAACCAGACUGGAGUGAUAUUUUAAGCAAUUACAAAGUUCAAUCAAAUGGAAUGAAACAAUGGUACUUGUUAUCAGUUUUUAUUGGAGAUGAAGUUCGUGAUCCAGCUCUCUGUAAGCAACUUUCCAAACGACUUGCAUGCGAUCGAAACAUCAAAGUUCCAAUUAGAGAUUAAGAAUACACAUUGAAUCAUGCAUCAUCAUUUUGUUUAAUUUAUUUAUUUCUUUAAGUUUGAAGAAAUUUAUUAAAAAAACAAAAAACAAGGAAAAUAACUUUAGGGACAUUUCGAUAAAUUUAAAAAACGUGUUAUUUUUUUCGGAUGAAGAAAAUCGUUUUGGAUGUAGAAAAAAUUAUGCAUAAAAUGCACUGACUUAUUUUUUAAGUAGAAUGAUUUAUAAAAAGGUAUUGGCUCAAUUGAAUAUGUACAUAGAAUAUAAGGAAACUAGUCAAAAGCCGGGCGUAUGUAAUUUUUUCAUAUACAUGUGUAGGAAUUUUGUUUUCGAAAUGUCUAGAAGAAUGGCUCAUUUUCAUGCUUACAGUUUGGAAAAUGGAUUUUAUUUGUGUAGAAAAAAAUCGCGCAAUUGAAAUGUUUUCACUUCUUCUUCUUCCUUCACUUUUUCACUUUUUGUGCAUUAAGAGUUGCAAUGUACAAUGUACAGCACUAGAAAUAUUAAAUUCCAUAGACACAAAAUUGCAGUUAAUAUUGCAAUAAUCUAAAUUAAGGUUUAAAAAAAUAAAAGAUAUUAAGUUGUUAAGUGCUUAGUUUACAAGCGUUUUUGUGUAUUGUUGUUAAGUCGAUAAAUAUUAUUGUGUAUGCUACCAACCUUAAAUUUUUCUGUACUUAAUAAUAUUUACUUGUACUCAAUUUCUCAAUAUGUAUAAGUGGCCUGACGAGAGUAUUUACUUAGCAAUUAAAAUCAACAUUAUUAAUGUUAUAAUCAUAGAAUGAAAAAAUAAAGACAUGAAUUUUAAUUUUUAAAUCUUUGGCUUUGGUUUUUAAUCCCAAUCUUUCCUGUCUAGUAGACAUUAAUAUUACGGAAGAAGUUUCAGUUGAAAUGAUUUAGAUAGACAUCGUCAAGGUGAUGGAAUAAGACUAAUUAUAAGUCAAACAAUAAGGAAACAUACUCACAUAUUUACUUCAUCAACGUGACUUCUUCAAUUGACUUUGUAUAUUCUUCAAUCAUUGGAAUGGUAAAUAAACGUCAAGUAGUCAUCACAAGACAACAUCCAUCAACGACUUAAAAUCACGACUUGUUCCUAAACUUCAAGAUAUAUAGAUGCGCUCAUACAAAAAUAUCGCAGUUUUUAAACGUCAAAAAUUUGAAUUUUCUAAAAACACUAACACUAUAAAAGAAAAUUUUUAAUUUUUGUUUUGCAAAAUUUUCAACUUUCUGUUAAGUUUUGUUGAUACAGGAGUAUUGCAAAUGCUUUGCUAUAAUUUAAAGAAACUGACUUAAGACAAAUGUUGUUGCAUCUGUCGAUAUUUAAAUGAAAACUUGAAAAUAGAAAAUUUUAAAAAUUUUUGUUUGUAUAAGUACACAAAAAAUAGUAUGGUCGAGUAUGGUCAAGUAUACUCUGUAUGAGCCCAUCUAUAUAUCUUGC